UGCCCACCUUCGCAGGCAGACCUUAAGAGCAUCAACUGAGCUGACUCCUCCACCUUCUCAGCAUCGACACUCACCGUACAGCAACUGGCUUGCUGUUUCUCGUUCUCUCCUCGUCUUUUUACGCUCGUGUCGUCCUCUUCUAGGCUUCUUGCGUUCGUGAAUCCGGCUCCUCCCCUGCCGGAGCUGUCGAUGCAACAGCAUCGGGUCUCCACCCUCGAACUUGCUGUUCUGACCUCACCUCAGAACAGUGUCUAAGCCCCGCCGUAUCCACUGCGUUGCUCGCUCCCCCAUUUGUCCAAUCUGAUUCAUCGCCAGUAGCCCCUCUGAUUGCUUGUAGAGGCGUCCAGGACGUCCACACUGCGUCCAACUUCGCUCAUAAUAGCAACUUGUGACGAACUUGGGCCCUUCAAAUAGCAACCAUGUUCAGUGGCCCUAGGAAGCCUUAUUCGGCUGUCACGGUUCAAAUUGACCGCCUGACCAGCGAGCAAUUUGAGGAGAACGAUCUCGGUGGGCUUGUUGAUCUCAUCGAGGUCAUUAGGAUACAAGAGUCCGGCCCAACAGAAGCCGCUCGAGCCAUUCGAAAGAAGCUCAAGUACGGAAACGUACAUCGGCAACUCCGCGCUCUGAUUAUUCUUGAUGGAUUAAUCCAGAAUGCUGGAAGCAGAUUUCAAAAGACAUUCGUUGAUGAGCCUCUGCUAGAGCGACUGAGAUUACUGGCCAAGGAUGACAUGGUUGAUAUUGAGGUACGACAAAAGUGCAACGUUCUAUUCCGUCAAUGGGCCGUUGCGUACAAAGGCACCCAAGGUCUGGAGAGGAUCGCAACACUGUACAAGCAGCUGCCACACACGAAACGUCCACAACCGCAUCAGUCACGAGUUGUCCGCGAGAAUGAGGCUGAGGCAGCACGUGAAAAUGCUUCCUCACCGCCUCCAUCACCGACGACUACGAGACGAGGCUCCCCACCGUCCCAGUUCCCGCUGGCAUCUUCGUCCUCUGGAAGGCCGAUAGCUCUUGGCGCAGCUCCUCUGCCCAGCUCGUCGCUGUUCAAGAAAGACAAGAAAAAUAAGCACAAGCCAUUCAACCUUGAGAAGGAGAAACAUCAACUUCUUGAGACCAUCGCCUCUGCUUCGGUCGCCAGCACCAACCUCAUGAAUGCCCUGCAACUUAUCAACCGAGAAGAGCAACGCGUCAGUGCCAACCCAGAAGUGAUGCAGAGAUUUGAAACGUGCAAACUUCUCCGUCGCCAGAUCCUUCGUUAUAUCCAACUUGUAGAAUCUGAUCAGUACAUUGGCAGUCUUUUGAGCGCCAAUGAUGAGCUUGUCAAAGCUCUGAUGGCGUUUGAAAUUAUGGACAAAAGCAUUGAUGACGACAGCGACAGUGAGACUGAGGAACAGCCCGCAUCUCCAAGGGUAGGAAGGGCAAAUAGUGGGGCUGAAGCAGCAAUGGCUGGACUUAGCUUGCAGAAAGCACCACCAGCAAGACCGCCAAGGCCUUCAAGCAUUCCAAUGCUGCCCGCUGAGAAGUUGAGGGUCGAGCCGAGUGAUAGUGAGCCAGAAGUUGAAGAGGAUGACGAUAACCCCUUCAGCGAUACUAACGCUGUCAAGACACCAUAUGAGAGAGGAGAGUCGACAUGGAGGGACGUUUAAAGGUCCGCAGAGACACGUCAGCCAUUUGAGUAGAAAUGUUGGGUUUCAUUGCAUUAUCGCCUCCAUUACGUGUUAUGAUGUUCUUCGAUGAUGUUAGCCAUAAUACCCUUUGGAGCUUGUGGAUUGUGGUUAUGAGAUGCGGGGAUACAGGACUUGGGAUGGGGUUGGAUAGAUGGAUAGGUCGUGAAACGUGAACAUUCACAAAACAACUGAAACCCCAGCAAUGGGUUCCCGAUUGAGAUACCCUUUGGCAGUUCAUAAGAUGUUUAUAUUUAGAGUGUUGACGCUUCGGAAACGCU